AUGUCGUCUAGCAACCACAACGCCAGUGUCGGCGUCAGCUGGCCCGCAAGCCUCAAAGGGGAGGUGAGGACGUUGGUAGACUUGCUCUUCCAACUGCUCGAUAGCAAAUCGCCACAAGCUGGCUCUCGGCUGGUCCAAGAAGUGUUCACCGAGGAUGCAAAGUUUUUCUCGUCGUCGGGAUAUUUCCAGGGACAAGACAUCGCCUCGUCACGCGACGGCAUCUGGGAAAAAUUUGAGAUUCGAAGUCACGAGCUCCGCAAGAUCUAUUUCAACGAUGCCGACGACGGACAGGACUUGGAUCUGUUGAUCGUGGGAGGUGCCGUCGUGAAGCCACUUGGUGGAAAGGCGACGGCGCUCGAGUUCAUCGGCCGCGCCAUCGUCGUCCAGGAUACGGUCAAAGGCCCCCGGGUUCGUUAUUAUCAGCCAAUCGUGCCAGGUGCGGCUGGGCAACCAAUUCUUGCGCAUGUUUAG